CGGCGCAGCACGGCGUGGCACAGUGUUUUCACGGCAGCAAACUCGCGCAUUUCCACUCGAUUCUGCAGAACGGACUCCACGUCAUGAGUGGCACGCGCCACAUGAGCUCUGGCAACGUGUUUGGGGACGGCAUCUACUUUGCACAGAGCGCGCAGGUCGCCAUGAACUUUGCCUACGGCACGCCAAGCCAGCAGUGGACACCCAGCGGCGUUCUCUCCCCAGACGCGAUUUGUGUCGCGGUCUGUCUCGUGCUCAGAGACCGCGACCGGCUCACGACGCUGCCGGGCGCGACGCCGGACGCCAAGUACUAUGUGCUGACCGACCAGCGCGGCGUGCGCGUCGAGUACCUCGUGUUUUUGGAGCCCAAAGCCCGGUCGGCGAUGCGCGUGCUUCUCGGGUCGCCGUGGGACGUGGCGAUAAGCCUCUUUUGGUUUGCCGUCGCGUACGGCCUCUAUAGGCUCUGCGACGCGACGUCGUAA